AUGCCUCCGUUUCCCGCGCUGCCCCCGCGGCCGUCACGCCGUCUCGACGGAAAAGUCGCCAUUGUCACCGGCGCGGGGAGCCUCGGGGACGGCCUCGGCAACGGACGUGCCAUAUCCCUGCUCCUCGCUGGCGACGGCGCCACGGUGCUCUGCGCGGACCGGGAUUUGGCUGCGGCAAAGCGUACGGUAGAGAUGAUUGUCCAGGAGGGAGGCACAGCAGCUUCACUAUGCGCGGACGUGAGCACAGAGGGGGAUUGUGAGAAGCUAGUUCGGACGGCGGGAGGCCUGUUUGGGAGACUGGAUAUUCUGAUAAACAAUGUGGGCAUCAUGGGCGCAACGGGAACGGCUGUGGAGGCGAGUGCUGAGGAGUGGGCCAAGGGCUUGAGCAUCAAUGUGACGGGGAUGAUGCUCAUGGCCAAGUACGCAAUUCCGCUGAUGCUCAAAAACGAGCCUGGGGAUGGAGGCAUCAGAGGCAACAUUGUCAACAUGGGGUCUAUAGCAGGCCUGCAAGGAGGGACGCCGCAUCUGUUCUAUCCAACGAGCAAGGGUGCGGUAGUCAACAUGACACGAAGCAUGGCGUAUAAUCACGGACGAGAAGGCAUCCGGGUCAACUGUGUGUGUCCAGGAUUCCUUUAUACGCCCAUGGUUGCGGGCAAUGGCAUGUCAGAUGAGCUACCACUGUCGAUUCGACGAUGGUGUAUUUUCAAGCAGUGGCCGUCCGAUGAACUCGAGCAUGCCGAGAAGUUGACACACAAGGAAGCCAACAGCGAUAAAUCAAAUCACAUCUCAGAGCUCUACAACAGCACAUCUGCAGACUCCAUGCUCUUCGAAAUCAGAUUGAUGCGUUUCUCCUACCAUUAA